UCGGGUCCUUGGUCAACGUGGGAGACGCGAAAAUGUGAAGUUUAUUUUGAACCUGUCAGGAAUUUGUGUCACCAUGGUCGACUUUUCAUAGAAUAUAACAUAACGCCUGUCAGGGUUUGGGUGGAAUCUGUCUUAUCAUGAUGCCAGGGGACAGCCAGUCCAAAACGGCAGCAAUAGCCGCGGAAGCGACGGUCGGAAACUGUCAAAACUGCCCUGUUUUGCACCAGAGCCUGACCGAAUAUGUGUCGUCAUUUCUGGCACUGAAGCAGAAGAUAACGGUUACCGAUGACGCCAUCAGGCUGCAACAACAGCUGGAAGAGCUGCAGAUCAGAUUGGUUACUCUGGAGAAAAAGACAGCAGAUUAUGAAUCUGUGCAAGCAGAACUGGAGGAAAAGAAGGAUGCUCUUAAGACCUAUGAACAGAUGUCUGAAGAGAUGGACAAAUUGAAGCAGCAAAACAGCAAGACAAUGGCAGAGAAUAAGAAACUUGAAGACCAGCUAAAGGAUGUGAAAGAACUGACACAGUCACAGUCACUUGAAAACGCCCAGCUGACGAGGGAAAAGGCCUCUGUAGAAAAUGAUUUGCUGAAAACACAGAUAUCUUUGAGGGAAACUCAAGCACAAGCGGAUCAAGUUGAAAAAUUGAUAGAGGAGAACGCCAAGACAACAAGCAUAAAGGACAACCUUGAAAAUAAAGUUAGACUGCUUGAAGAUUCGGUUUUCAAACAGAAUCAUCAAAUAUCCCAACUGACCAAAGAUAAGAUUCUGCUCGAGAGAAAUAUCGAUGACCUCCAGGUGAGACUGAUGAAACUGGAAAGAGAAAGGUGUAAAGAAUAUAGGAGCACAUCAACUCAAGCACGUGCACCUGAGGAGCCUAAAGUUGACAAAGAAAAGUUCCAGAUGCUGCUACAGAAUUUGUGGUCGUGUGUGGAACCUCAGCAGCAGCAGCUCUCUGCCAACUUGUUAGACUUAACUGAGUCCGGAUCCAAACAAGUUCUACCCUGCUCCCCACAAAGCAGACUGCACCCUCAUUUGAGUUGCACAUCCCAGUCUGCUUCCCACAAGACCAGUGAAUCCCACAGUUACCCCAUGCAAACCAAUGCUGCUUUUACACAGUUCAAACCCUCUCCUCUUAGGCAGAAAGCCAUCAGGCAGCAAGUAUCUCUGCAGUCAACAAGUCCCAUGAAGAAAACGGACACUCCAAAAAAGAGCAAGCGGUUCUCCAAGGAAAACAAAACUGAGGAGUCAUCUGCUGACCCGGGCUGUUUGGAAGUAUCUGUUGGGGAGAUAAUGGCAUUGUUCAAACCGAUGCUUCCCUGCAUAUCACCUGUACCAGAUUUGGGGAGAAUUCAGGACAAAGAGAUCGAAUCUAUGGAGACAACUGAUGGCGAAAAGGAAAGCCCUCCUAAAAUCUCUGAUGAUGGUGUUCUUCAUCUACAUGAAGAGUCCCUACUCAUCACAACAUCAGUAACCAAACACUGUCCGAAAUCUUCUGGACUGCCAACAGAGGAGAAAGUUGACUCGCCAGUGGUCACAACACAGGGAGUGGAACACAGCUCCAAUGAAAAUGUGUCCAAAGACUUGGGACAAAACUAUUUGAGUGGCAUUACUGAACUGAUGGGAAAAAGUGGCACAGAUGGUGAGGAAAUACAUCUUCGAAAACACGUGCCGAUUGAGCAGGACCCAGCAACUGUGCCAUUACUGUCAGCAUCAUCAUCAUCAUCUUCUUCUUCCACAUCAGACAUUACAAUUUUGGUUGAGGUUGUCUCGGUAACUACUGAAAGUCAAGAGCCAUCCUGCAGUGUAAAUCCCAGUAGCAGCAUUGCCAAUGGCUUCUCUCAAAGCGAAAACGCUUUCGGAAGUGCAAAGGAAGAUCGGUCAGAGACGGUUACAAAGAUGGAUGUUGACACAAACCCCAGUGAUGUUACUGGGACUGAAACCGUCACUCCUGAGGGUGGAGAGUCACCCAGAAGUAGUGAUACAACUGCACUCUCUGAAGAAACAGGAAAUGUACAGUUAGUUUCUUCCUCGGUUACUUCCUCAGCAUUCAUUGACUCUGUGACAAACACUGAGGUUACAAAUACAGAAAAUGGGUCAGAAAUAGGAAAAAGGCAUCAGGACUAUCAAGAUACCACCGUCUUUAAACCCCAGGGGAAUAAAAGCUGUCUUAGCGAGGACACAGAAGUACCAGACGAUAAUCCCCGUUUGUCAAGCAGCAGUGAUGACAUCAUUAGUGUCUCAAAUAGAAAUGUUGAAGAAGGGCUUGAAAGUGAUGCAUCCAUAAAACCUUUUGAAGAGGAAGUUGGGAAUAAAGCCCAAGGAGCUGGAGUAGUUGAUGUAGCAGCUUCUUCCUCAGAGUCAAAUGGUGAUAACAGACCUCUGUCUCCUGGCAAGUCUCCACUGUUGAAGAUAGAAGAUGAUCAGCCCCAUGCUGCCUUGGAAUCUGGUCAAGCAAACGUUGAAACUCCUUCAAAAAAGGAUGUUGACAUGGAGACGUUGAACAGUGAAAUGCUUGCAGAUCGUGGGCCUUCCCUCUCUGACUCCCCAGAGACCAUCAACUGUGAAUCUCUGAAAGAAAGUAUACAUUCGGCAUGCAGGCAGUUGAGUCCUACAUGUCUGUUGCCCACUCUGGAAUUGCAUGCUUUGACUAAUUUAGAAGGUGUCAUUGAAAAGGCAAAUGACCAAGGCCUGCUUCAGGACAGCACAGACGCAAGUAACCAUAAAGUGAGCAAAUAUAACUUGCGCUCUGUUAAGUCUACUACCUCAUUAAAGAGUGCUGCCGCCACAAAUGGACGAAAUAAAUGUUUGGAGUCGUGUAUAAAAGUCCCUGAAAAACAAAGCCCUCGUGUAAUUAGAGAGGAAAAACCUAGCCAAAUUGCAGGUUCAACUAAAGCUCCACCAGAAUACAUAGGCCAAGUUCUCUCUGAAAUGGGCCCUCCACUUCCUUGUCUUCUAACCCCCCUGAGAACGCCUCCGAAGGCGGGCAAAUCAAUCAAUCCCAGGCAGGCUAUUGGGAAACUCUCAUUUCCUUCGCCCAUGGAUAGAUUGGCUUCCCCUACCACCCCUGUCCAGGCCCACUUGACACCCAACAGCCAGCAGCUGAGUUCCUCAUCUUUGAACAGUCCACUUCCUCCAAACGGAGUCCCCUCAUCACCACUUCAGUUCGGCUCUGCCACUCCAAAACAUGCCGUGCCCGUUCCAGGUCGCCUGCCCUUGACGGCAAUGAAUUCCUCCCCGUCGUCUUCCUCCAGUCCAUCGCAGGAAAACUCCAUGAGGAUUCUUGACACCAUGUACCCAGAGCUCUCAGCGCACGGCCGAACUCUGAGCAUUCUCAGAGGCAACGUCGGCCUCAGCAUCUGUUCAUCGGAGAGUGGAACAUCGCCUACAUCGACCGACAGUCAGAUGUCUUGCUUCAAAACUGUUAACUCCACUUCAACGGCCUUCACCAAGACUGAGACGAGAGGAGCAAAGAGACAGGCCGAUAGUCUGCCUCAACCUAAAAGCAGCAAAUGUCUCAGGCUGGAUAACUGCUCUCCUACCGUCAGUCGCAAGCAGGUGCCUUCCUCCUCCUCAAACAGUGGAGAGGAGACCACCUCACCCCAGACUCCGAGCAUCAAGCCGCUUAAAAAUGAGACAACCUCUCCAUCCAUGAAAGGUGGAAAGCCUGCGGAGCAAAAUCUUAUAGUACACUACUUAAACAAGAUUGAAAACCAGGGUUUUGAUCUAUUGCCUGUGAUCCAGAGCCACCUGUAUGUUGGCAACCUGCCCAAAAAGCCUGUUUUGAGAGACGAGGAGAAGGAGGUGAUCUCUAAGAUUUGCAGCUCGCUUCAGGCAGAUGAUAUGAUUUUGGCCAUCCUGAACAAGCUGAAAGCAGGAAAACCAGAUCCAAGCAGGAACUACAUGCAGGCCCUCUGUAGAGUGUACACAGGGAUCUGUAGACAGAGGAGAGACUGGGAGAAGGCUCACAUCCUGGCCUACAGCCUUCUCACAGAAGAUUACCCAGACUCCGCUAAGCUGAUUCUGUUCAUGGUGACAACAUGGCCCAAUGUUCUUUCACACAAGAGUGCUCUGUGCCAGGCAAUACAUACGGUCACCAAACUGAAGGCACAAGAAAACAUCCUCAGCUGCCUUUCAGUAUUCCUUGGUUGGGAGAAGAGUCCUCCCUGUGACAUUGACAUGCUGAUCUCCAGAAUAGUCUCUGAUAUUCAGUCCGGGUCGAGCCUGUCUUUCACCACACAUUGCCGCUACGGCCAUGACCUUGGGACAGAGGUUUGGCAGAAUAUCUUAACACUGCAACUCCUUUGUACUCACAAGAAGUGGAAGUGGACCUAUGAUAAUUUAUUGAGCAAAGCGUUGUGGCCAUUAAUGAACACUUGGGUGACACAGCCCAGAGAUCAACAAGCACCCAUCUCUGAUGUGACUGUCGCCACCGUACUCCGACUCAUAGGACGCCUCGGUCAACUGGGAAUCAAAGAGAGGUGUGUUUCCUCCGUGGUAACUGUCGCCAACGUCAUCAACACGUUUGGUAGGCAUGGACGGACUGAAGGUGUGCCAUGGGAGGUCCAGUUAGCAGCCAUCUACUGCAUCUACGACCUGUCUCCCUGCAACCCCAAACAAGCCCUGGAUGCCCUGGCAGAAUGGAGAGGAGAGACGUCUCAGAGCGUCCCUCCUGCAGUUACUAGCUGCAUUAACCAGUUAGCCUCUGUCUGCAGACAGGUUACGAGCUGAGAGAGACGCACAUGCUGCACUUAUUCACAUGAACAUGCAUGUGGGUCUGUGCCUAUACUAAAGAUAGGGUGAAAGACGUUAAGCUCCUCAAAGUUAAUUUAACUCUCUGACUGGCAGCCUAUGACAGAGCUGUUUACUGUUUGGGCACAUUACAAAUGGGAUUGUGCUCUUCCUUAAUACACGGUGCCUGGAGGCUCAUAUUAAGUCUUGAAUAGAAAUGUGCUGUCAAAGACAACUUCAAAGACAGUCAAAAGUUUUAGUUUUUCUUUUUGUUACGUGCACUUCUACUUUAAAAUUAAUACAAUAUUUAAAUGUACUCUGAUUUUGUAGCAAAACUGUCCUACAUUUUUAUUGUUAGAAACAUGUAAAAUUGUUUUUCCAAACAUUUUAGCUGUCCACGCCCUGUAAUAAAGGUACUGGCUUAACUCCCUGCCUUUUUUUUUUUUUUUUUUUUUUUUUGCUGUUCUCAGGUAAUGCUCUAAAAUAUUGUCAAAUAUGUUGGCCUACAUGUGUUCUGGUUCUAUUUGUGGCGCUGCUGUAUAUGUUUCUUCGUUCAAGUGUAAAUAUGAGGUAUCGCUGUUUGUAUGAUGGAAAAAUAAGAUUGCCACAGUAAUGUUUUGUACAGUUUAACGAUUCAGAGGUUAUUUAUCUUUUUCAAAUUAAA